AUGGAAUCUAAGAUGGAUCAGUAUGAGAUCAUGGAACAGAUCGGUCGUGGAGCUUUUGGUGCUGCUAUUCUUGUUAAUCACAAGGCUGAGAAAAAGAAAUAUGUGUUGAAAAAAAUCAGGCUUGCUAGGCAGACUGAAAGAUGCAGAAGAUCUGCUCAUCAAGAGAUGGCUCUUAUUGCAAGAAUCAAGCACCCUUACAUUGUAGAUUUCAAGGAGGCUUGGGUUGAAAAGGGUUGCUAUGUCUGCAUUGUCACUGGAUACUGUGAAGGUGGAGACAUGGCUGAACUAAUGAAAAAGUUAAACGGUGCUUACUUCCCCGAGGAGAAACUCUGCAAAUGGUUCACUCAAUUACUUUUGGCGGUAGAAUACCUUCAUUCAAAUUAUGUUUUGCAUCGAGACCUAAAGUGUUCCAACAUCUUUCUUACCAAGGAUCAUGAUAUCCGCCUUGGAGAUUUCGGGCUUGCUAAGACACUAAAAGCAGAUGAUUUGGCUUCUUCGGUGGUAGGAACUCCAAACUACAUGUGUCCUGAACUUCUUGCAGAUAUUCCGUAUGGAUUCAAAUCUGAUAUUUGGUCAUUAGGCUGUUGUGUAUACGAGAUGGCUGCUCAUCGCCCUGCCUUUAAAGCAUUUGAUAUGGCAGGAUUAAUAAGCAAGAUAAACCGUUCCUCUAUCGGUCCAUUGCCUCCGUGUUAUUCCCCUUCAUUAAAAAUACUAAUAAAAGGCAUGUUGAGAAAAAGCCCCGAGCAUCGACCAACGGCAUCUGAGGUGUUGAAGCAUCCUUAUUUGCAACCUUACGUCGAUCAAUAUCGUCCGUCUUUCGCUCCUCUAACAGCCUUUUCUCCUGAAAAACCACUUUCUUCCGUCAAUGAUACCAAAAAACAUAUGGCUGAAAGUCAGAACAGUACUAGUUCAAGUAGUGAUAAAGAUAGUUUAAUGUCAAUUGAGAGAAACAUUGCAACAACAACGCCAAAAAGUGAUGAUAGCAAAGCCACGGAGAUAGAUGUUGCAUUAAUCAACGAUGAUGGCUCAGAGCAAGAGGCGAUAAAAUCUUCUCAAAGUGAACAGUGUUCUUCUAAUGUUGAAUCUAAACAGCCAAAAACAAUCAGAAAUAUAAUGAUGGCAUUGAAGGAAGGGAGAGGUAGAGAUGCAACUUCUCCGAUGAGGGGCAGUCGUGUAAAAACCGUUGGAGUAUCGGCGCCGAAAGUAAAUACAGAAAUAUUGUCUAAAUUGCCUAAACCUACUAUCAUUUCUCCUAGUUUGAAGGCUAAUUUAGAGUCACCGACUGUUCCACUUGUAAAGGCAACCCCUGAUUCCGCAAAACGAAUACAAGUAUCGUAUCAUUCAAAGCUCCAGUUACUAAUGACAGAGCCGUCACCGAAAGUUAAACCAAAACUUGAUACGACUCCACUAUCUGGUUUUAUAAAACAAGUUGAAGGAGAUGGAAUUCCUCCCAGGCCAAGGCAAAGAACUCCUCCAAGCUUACUUCGACGACCUUCUUUUGCAGGACGAAUGAGGCUGGCAGGGGUUGAUAAUCCAAAUGCAAUGAGCGAUAGCAGGAAGCUAGGUCCAAGUAAUUCAGGCCAGGAAUCCGAGAUGAGCCAAUGCCAUAUGUUCAACGGCAUACCACGUAUUUCGAGACAGAUUACUAGAGAACCUCAGAAGGCUUUUGAAAGAAGUUCUAAAGGAUUGCAAACAGACAGUAGUAAUUCUGCCUCGUCUUCGGUUUCGAUUCAAGGAUGUGAACUUGCUGACGAUGCAACAACUUUUAUUGACAUGAGAGAACAUAUACUUCCAAAUCAUGACAAUGUAACAAACAGUGUAGGUGUGGAAUCACGUCCAGACAGCAGCCAGUCGACAACGUGUUCGCAUUGUAAGAUGGCUGAAGAAAUGUCUGAGGACUCCAAUGAAGCCACCGUCAAUUUCAGAAUACUAUUAGUAGUAAUGAAAAAGUGA